UGAGGGGCCUCAAGGAACCAAACCCAACAAUCACUUUAAGAAUGAACUCAGAUUUUAAUUUUCCCUUUUCAACAUAAACAUGUUUAUGAUUAUAACUGUUUUUUCCAUCAAGGUAGAAGCUGCUGUUGUAGAACAUCAGAUAAACUACACUUUUAGUUUUGUUAGUCUGCUCAGACGUGGACAAAUUGUGUAAGAAGACACUUUGCGCCGUCAUGUGACCACAGCUCCUCUCGACCUCAGAAUUCUGAUGAAGCAUCUUGAAGGAAUCAGAUGAUCUGGGUCUUUUUAGAACCACUCGUUUCCGUUUUCAGCUCGAGUCUCGUUUCCGAGUCGUCUCUUGGGGACAAAUGCAAAUGUCUCUCAGAUCUUUGGGUUCAGCUGCAGAGAGAGAAACAGAAACUCAUGUAAAUUCAGAGGAAUCAUCCUCGAGUGAUGUUGGUUCUCGUCCCUGAGUCGAGUUCCAGCUGCAGAUUGUUGCACAAACACGUUGGUUCUUAUCAGAUUGUUGUUUUCUCUGUUGUCACUGUUGUGUUAUCACACUCGUCUGGUUGUCAUUUCCUUCCUGGUCGUCGGCUUCACCUCAGAUCUGCUGCUUCGUCUCUGGGUUUUAAUUAUCAGUUUUCUAAUUUACAAUACAUCUUUUAAUCAAGAUUUGAAACUUAAAAAAUAAGAGAAUUUACAUUUAUUUGCAUAAAGAUGUAUUUAAAAGUCAUAAAGUACCAACUAAUAUUUUAAAAUAAUAGAGUCUAUAUUCAUUUUCAUGUGUAUUCACUGCCGGGCGUUGAUUGGCUGUUUCUGUGACAACGGGGGCGGAUUUGAGCUGCUAAGGUAUUCUUGGCCUACGCUGAUUGGUCACAGGAACUCCAAACACUUUCCUGAUUGGCUCCGUCAUCUGCCAGUUAAUGCCGCUGGAGGGCGGAGCUACAAGCAGACUCGAAACAAAGGAGACAUCUGAUUGGUCAGACUUGAGUUAUGUGGGCGGGCCGUUAAGUUAUGAUAGGUGUAACCUGUGGAUUCUCUCAAAUUAAAGAAGCGUCCGAGAGAAGGACGGAAGUACGGACUUAAAGGCUGAGAGGAGGAGGAGGAGGAAGAGGAGGAAAGCGAGAAACUGAGGCUGCAGCUGUGGACGCACAGACAGAACGAGAUGAUCAACAACAACAAGCAGAAGAAGAAGGAGCGUGACUCUGCUGCAGCUGCGACCCUCUGACUCAACAUCUGUAUUUCAUUCUCCUGCUGCUGCUCACACAACUUGUUGGGAAACUUUAUUUCUCCCGGAGUGAGACCAGGAGUUUCCAGUUUGACCUGUUUGCAGCAAAACUUCACUUCUUCUCCUUCUUCUUCUUCUUCUGCUGCUGGAGGAGGAACGACCACAUCCACCUGAGAGUGUGCGUGUGUGUGGAGGAACCAUGGAGAUCCUGGACAGCAGUGAGACCUUCCUGCACUGGGACAGGAACCUCAGCGAGCUGUCGGAGGCUGGAGACAUCGACUCGGUGCUCUACACCAACCACUUCUCUGAGCUGCUGGACGACCUGUCACAUGACGCCCUGCUGGGUCAGCUCCUCAGCGACCCCUUCCUGUCCGGGGGGCGGGGCGGCGUGGAGGACAUGGAGGGCGACGAGGACGACAGCGACCUGUCCCCGUCCUCGCCCCUGCCCCCCCACAUCACGGCCGAGCACAGCUACUCGCUCUGCGGGGACAGUCGGCCGCAGUCGCCCCUGUCGCACCUGACCGGUGAGCAAGGCAGCGAAGCAGAAUCAGACGGGGACUCGGCUGAUUGGCCCAUGGAGCAGGACGAGGCCAUGGACGCCAUGGACGCCAUGGACGGCUUCCUGUGUGAGCCUCCCUCCCUCCUCCCCAGCCUCUCCCUGGCCUCCAGCGUGGGGCCCAAAGCAACCGAGGGCCCCGCUGCGGCCCCUGCUGCUGCCGCCCCUGCCGCCGCCACCGCCGCCGCCGCUGCCACCCCCCCGGCUCAGGCCACAGCCAGCAGCCACAACCAGAGCAAAAGCAUCAAGAUCAAAGAGGAAAGCAUCGUCCCUCAGAUCAAACUCGAGCCUCAUGAAGUCGAUCAGUUCCUCAACUUUUCCCCCAAAGGACUGGAGUCCCUGCAGAUGCCUCCCACUCCUCCCAGUUCCCACGGCAGUGACUCUGAGGGCAGCCAGAGCCCCGGCCACGCUCCGCCCGGCCUCUCCUGCCCUGGCUCCCCCAGCAGCCCCUCUCCGUCCCAGGCCAGCCCGAAGGUGGCGCCGCGGGCCGCCUCCUCCCUGUCCAACUCCCCCCUGCUCACCGCCGCUCAUAAGCUGCAGGGCUCAGGGCCGCUGAUCCUGACGGAGGAGGAGCGCCGGACGCUGGUAGCUGAAGGUUACCCCGUCCCCACCAAACUGCCGCUCACCAAAUCCGAGGAGAAGGCGGUGAAGAAGAUCCGCAGGAAAAUCAAGAAUAAGAUUUCCGCUCAGGAGAGUCGCAGGAAGAAGAAGGAGUACAUGGACGCGCUGGAGAAGAAGGUGGAGAACUGCUCCAACGAAAACAACGAGCUGCGCAUGAAAGUGGAAUCUCUGGAGUGUACGAACAAGUCUCUGCUGCAGCAGCUGCAGUCUCUGCAGGCGCUGGUGGCCGGCAAAGUCCCCAAGUCCUGCAGGAUGGCUGGCACCCAGACAUCAUCGUGUUUAAUGGUGGUGGUUUUGUGUUUCUCUCUGUUUCUGGGGAGUUUUUACCCCGGGAGUCUGACCCCCUGCUCCACCAUCACUGAAACAGGCCUCGCCUCAAAGCAGCUGUCAGUCCAAGAGUCGUACACGGCCACAGUGAAGUCGAGGAAUCUGUUGUCGACCUCCGAAGACGAGCAGCCGCACCUCCUCGGCCUCGGCGGCGAAUAUCCCGACCAAUGGGAGGACACGCCGGCCGUGGUCAUGGCAGCGUGGCGUCACUCGGAGCAGCAGAAGAUCGGGGCGGAGCCUGAGAGGGCGGAGACACACCCACCUUUCAUGAGUAAAAACAACGACACGCAGACGCCGACAAACGUGCUGCUGGACCUGCACAGGUCUCUGGAGCAGCAGCUGACGCACGAGAGCCGCAGCAAAGUGGUCGACCUGGAGCGAACGGUGAACGAGACCUCCUGAGGUCGACGCCCCCCCCCCCCCACCGACCUCCUCCACACCCGACCCCGACCUUUGACCCCCCCCCCCCCCCCCACCUCUGGAGCAUGGUUCAGUGUCCUGGAGCAAACCUCAUACAGUAGUUGUUCCCACUGCUGAUUAUUUAAGGUCAUUUAUGUUUUCAGUCAUCUCUGUUCAAUCAGAUACACUGUAGUAUAGACGGGGGAGGGGGAGGGGGGGGGGCACUGGUUGCCUUCCGUCGUGAAGUAAAAGUUGCACUGAAUAGUUUUUACAUGAGUCAGUUUUAUUCGUCCUAAUUGACCCGAAACGAAAACGCUGUUAAAUUCAGAUUAAAAUUCGAAAUCGAUCCAAACGUAGUGCGACAUUCAUUCCAAUGGAACGAGAGCUAAAGACGACAGGUGAGGCUUUUUAACAGGACACUGACGAGGACCUCUGUAUUUAUAGAAAUCUUUUUUUUUUCUAGUUUUAAUAUUAAAUGUUUUUUAAUUCUAUUCCGUACAAUUCAUCACAUUUUGAUACGUUUAUUGUGUUUAACAAUUUAUUCUAUUGUGCUAUUUUAUAUUUUGUUCAUAUUCCUUCGGCUGACUCGAGACUUAGCUCGGGGCUCCUGCGCUUAUUUGGAAAAAUCUUGAGACGUUGUGAAAUGUUUGGUGGAAUGAAAAAGUGUUUGAUUUGAAUGCAGCUGGAGAUCAAAUGUCAUAUCACACCUAUACACGUCAUUAUAUAUUGGGGGUGUGUACAGAUGUUACAGAGGUUUGGAAAAAGAAACGGUGGAUUGUUGAUUCCAUGUCUCACACGUUUGGCCUGUGUGCGAAUCAGGGGUCAAUAUUUGAGGCUUUUCUUUCUGUACAUAUUCUUUUAGUUUUGGUCAUGAAAUGCAUUUUAAAGAGCCACAUGUUUCAAGUAGCAAACUUCAUCUUAAAAAAGACAUUUUGGGAAUUCGUUUAUUUUGCUUUGAUGCAGACACGACUCUUAUUUAUCUGUUUAUCUAAAUCUUUUCAAACUCACUAAUUAAUUAAUGAUAUAAACUUGUUAAUUCCUGAGCCGUAUCUAUUUUGAAAGACUUCCUGUGAUGCCACGCUCGUUGUUUCCAGGUUCUCCUCCAACUCUGUGCCAGAGGAAUCGAUCUUCUCACUGAAAGCAAACUAAACUCUUUCCCAUCAUGUCAAACUGUUGCUUUAAAAGAAGUUUUAAGAUGAAGCUACAGAUUCCGCCUCCUGCGUUCACCUCGCUCGGCCUCUAAUCCUCGCUUUGCACCCUGUCAGCUCCAAGAGUCUUUAUCUGCUCUUUUUUUAAAGCAUUUACCAAAAACAUAUUUCUGCCCAGAAAUAAACGAAAAAAAAAAUCUAUUUUUGUAAAUAUGAGUUGUUAAUAAAUAAGAAAGUCUAAAUGUGUCUGGGAUGUGCAGUUGAAAAACCAACGUUUGAUUCAUUCUGUCAUGAUCAUGAGACGCCUGAGCUUCAGUUUGACUUGUUUCUGGGUUGUAGUGUGAUCAUUUGAUGAUGGCAGGUCAUCGUGGCUCUUAUCUGUUCUUAUUACGUGUUUUACAGACGUGUUGUCAUGUGUGUUCCAGACCAAACCAGACAUUUUAUACAAAUGUAGUAACAUCCAGCAUCCUGUGUCUGUUGUUUGAGCUGAAUCUCGUUCCUCACUCUGUAGAAAGCACAAGAUGAGAUGUUGGUUUCAUAUUUGAAAUGUUCUGGACCUGCUUCCUCCUGUUUAGAGCGUUUUUCAAAAGUCAGAUUUCAUUUCUGUGUUGCUUCUGUGUCACGUGACUCAUAGGCUUUCUGUCUUUUUUGCAUUCAAACGAAUAAAGUAUUUUCCGUAGUAAAAGCAGA